CUAAUGGGGACAAUAAUGGUGCUGUCGAGAGUGCAGUUGCCACAGUCGCAAGAUAAAUACGUGAGGCAACUUGAUCAGUCGCACACGGAGAUCAUCAACACAAAACACGAAACAUGGCCCAGAUGGAAGUGGACGAUGGAACCAAUGGAUGCGAUGGAUACGCUGCUUGUGGAUGUGGAUGGUUAAUGGAGAAGGGAAAAUCCCGAAAAGAUGAACGGCUGUUCGAGUGGAGCGGAAGUCGCUCAGUUCCGGCGAAUGGCAGCCCCAUUCGCAGUUCAUCUUCAUUUUCCUGCCACCUGAAGCAGACACACAUUACUCAGUUCCAGAACCAAAGAUCUUAUAUCUGCUAUAGAUGGGGUUGUGCCGGCUGUUACGCAAUUGUGGCAAUGUCUUUGAUUUGUAUCUUUGACAUGGUGGCCGCUGCUACUUCCAAAAAGUAAUUGCAAACAGCUGAGCAACAUGUGCGGCCAGUUGGCUUUUCAAUUUUGGAAUUGCCUUUCCCAAAAUUCCU